UGUUUUGAAUUUUGAAUAAUGAUAAUUUACGAUAGAUAAUAUUAUUUAUAAUAGAGAAAGCUAUUUCAAAUCUAUAGCAUACAAUCAAAAACAAAAUUAAAAAGUCGAAGUUGUCAUUGUCAAAACUUUCUAGUGUUUUGUUGGAAGUAGUUGAACUUUUAUGGAGUCAUCUGAUGAAAGUUUUGCUUGGACAGAUGCAUCAAAUCGUAAUAGCGAUAGCAGUGACGAUAAUUACAUAUUGAAAGGGAUCGACAAGAUGAAGCAUAACAAAAGUGUUCAACCUGAGGAGGAGUUUAAUUCAAGUUAUUCAAAUGAGGAAAAGCUUGUAGAACAAAAGCAUAGUAAAAAAGCAAAGAAAAGAAAAAAAUCCAUCGAAAACGAUGCUGAAUCUCCAAAGAAAAAACGCAUUAAAACCGAGCCAGAGAGUGAUGUUGAUGCAAAAAGCAGUGAAACAAAAAUAAAACAAGAGUUGGAUUAUGGGAGAGCUGGUGAUUCAGAUACUAGUUUCAAUGACACUUAUUUAAAUUUGCGUGUAAAGGAAGAACAUGCCUCUGAUCAUAUUAAGCAAAAAAAAGCAAAGAAAAAUAAGAAAAAGAAAUCAUCAGUAAAUAGUGAUACCGAUGAGAGUAAAGUUAAAGUUGAUAAAGAACAUGAAUUUGAAGAAGAUUCUAGGCAGAGUCUUAUAUUAGAAGACAAAAUAACAGUAGAAGAAACAGUUGUAAUAAAUCCAGAAAAUUAUCAUAGUGUUGAUGACGAAAGUUAUAUUAAACCAAAGAAGAAAAAGAAGAAACAUAAGCAAAUAUCUGAUGGUAAUGACAUAUCUGAAAUACAAACAAGUAGCAACAACUGCACGACUUUUAAUGAGGAGGUGGAGUAUAACGGUGUACAACCUGAUCAUAGUAUUAUCGAGAAUGGAAGUGCUGAUGAAUCCAUUGAAAACUCACACAAUUUCGGAAAGUCAAAGAAAAAUCUUAAAAUUUCUGAUAAAAUAAAAUUUGAAGAUGAUACCACUGACAUUGAAUUUAAUAAUCAUAAUGAUAGUACAAUCAUUGAAGAAAACAUGGCUGCUCCCAGCAAACAAAUGAAGCGUUACAUCAUAGAAAAUCCCAAUUUGCAAAAGCUUAUUAUUAAGAUUGGUAAUAAAAACUUUUUUGUAACAGAGAUGGAUGAAGUUUGGCUUUUUAAGUGUCCGCGUGACAUAGAAUUAGCACAUUUGUCUGGGAUAAAACUAGAUGUCAGCAGUAAAAGCAAAGUUAAAAUUAAUGGGAAAAAUUAUGAUACAACUGUAGAUGAUAAUAUUUCUAGGUUACCUAUAUUAUCUUAUACAGCUGAGCAUAAAGCGAUAAUAAGAAAUGUAAAAUUAAAUGGUUGUAUAAAUUUAAAGAAAAGGUUACCCAAAACACACCCACUAGAAAAUGAAAUUAUGGAGAAUGAUCAGAUGAGUUUUAUUCCUUUACCAGAAACGAAAUGUCGCCAUCCAUUAUUUGGUGUUCAUUAUAAAAAAUCUAUUAAAAUACCAGCUAAAAUUGCGGAACGUCUCAAGGAGAAACCAGAAACCCAUGAUGAUGUUGAUGAAGUGAGAAAGAAGAAGAAAAAACAUAAGAAAGAGAAAAGACUGGAGGUGGAUAUGGAGCCUCCAACAGUUGAAACGGUUGAAGCUGAAGCUAUACAUAAAAAGAAAAAGGCAAGCAAGCGUAAACAUAGUGAAGUGGAUGAAAGUCCACCUCCUAAGAAGAAACGGCUUAAACACAACCCUGAAGCCUCUGCAGAGACUUGGGAGUCUGAACAAGCUAUAGAGGAGACUCUGUUUAAUUUUUAAUAAAGUUAUAAAUUCAUUUGUAAUUAUAUAAGACUAAAAA